AACAAGAAUUGUUAGAGCAACGUAGAAUCAUGGAAAAAUUGAAAGAAUAUAAAAUCUUCUUUCUUAUCGGCGCUCCUGGUUCUGGGAUCCAGACUCAAAGCUCAAAGCUGGCUAUCAAAUAUCACCUUAUUCAUUUAGACGUGGGGGACUUACUACUAAAAGAGGUUGUUAAGAAUACUCCAAGAGGCAUAGCUAUCAGAAAACUGAUGAUGGCACAGCUGCCAGUGCCUACGGAUACUGUAUUGUCAAUACUGACAGAUGCAAUGUUGGACGAGUUCCAUAUGUCAAAGAACUUCCUAAUCACGGGUUUACCACGAGAACUAACACAAGCAAAAGAAUUUGAAGAUAAGGUGGGCUGUCCUGCCAAGGUGCUUCGUAUCAACUGUAACGUACAUACUAUAAUGAACCGCCUUGUGUUACGAGCCCAGUUAAAUACAAGUUUCUGUUCUGAAGAAGCUGUCAUAAAGCGACGUCUCCGUAAUUACUUCAGCAAUAUUGAUGAUAUAGCCGGCCACUACAUGAAGAAUCAUGUUCUGUAUGAGGUCAAUGGUGAGCAACCAUCAGAAGAUGUCUUCAGAGAGUGCUGUAAGGUCCUCGACAAAAGUUUGACACACUGGAAGUGGAUCCAAGAGUCAGAAGAGACAAAGACCCCUGAAGAUCAAAGUUUUAAAAUAUCAAAUGCACAAGUCAUAAUUGAAAAUUUUGAGUUGCCAAACUAAGGAAUUAAUAACUUCUUUUCCCACAUCAGAUUGCUUAUAUUAACCUUCUAAUACAUCAUCAGAGAAAUCGUUCUACUUGACAUAUUUCGUAAGAAACUAUUAGCUGCAUGCAGUAAUCAGAGCAGGCAUCCAAAUAAGGUGUUUUCUAUGAUGAUGUGAGUGUGAUGAUAUGGGCAAAUGCCAGCAUAGCCAGCUGGAAUUUUGUAUCAAACUGAUUUUGUACAGAUGCUUGUGCUGAAAAUGUAUUAGUGGGUUUUCCUUGUGUUGAAAUGUAUCGA